UCACCACCGGCGCUGGCGGACAUAUUGGUUUUUCAUUCCAAGAUUUGACAUUUUGUUGGCUGAUUGCGUUAAAUAUUUGCUAUUUUCACCUCAAGAGAUAACAAGUGCAAUCAUGGAUGAAGAAUACGAUGCAAUUGUGCUAGGUACUGGCCUGAAAGAAUGUAUUAUUAGUGGAAUGUUAUCUGUGUCCGGAAAGAAAGUUUUGCAUAUUGACCGUAACAAGUACUACGGAGGUGAAUCUGCCUCAAUUACCCCAUUAGAAGAGUUAUUUGCUAAGUUCAAUGCUCCGGCACCUGAUGAAACCUAUGGUCGUGGUCGCGACUGGAACGUGGACCUCAUUCCUAAGUUUCUAAUGGCUAAUGGAUUACUUGUCAAACUCCUUAUCCAUACGGGCGUCACCCGGUAUUUAGAAUUUAAAUCUAUUGAAGGCAGCUACGUGUAUAAAGGUGGGAAGAUAUCAAAAGUACCAGUCGACCAGAAGGAAGCUUUGGCCUCAGACCUUAUGGGUAUGUUUGAAAAGAGGCGCUUCCGUAACUUUUUGAUCUAUGUUCAAGAUUUCCAAGAAGAAGAUGCUAAGACUUGGAAAGAUUUUGAUCCAAGUACUGCAAAUAUGCAGUCUUUAUAUGAGAAGUUUGGUCUGGAUAGAAAUACUCAAGAUUUUACAGGACAUGCUCUGGCUCUGUAUCUUGAUGAUAAUUAUCUCCAACAACCUGCAAUACAAACUAUUCAACGUAUUAAGUUGUACUCAGAUUCACUUGCUCGUUAUGGUAAGUCACCCUACUUGUAUCCCAUGUAUGGGUUAGGCGAGUUGCCCCAAGGAUUUGCCCGUCUCUCUGCUAUUUAUGGAGGCACAUACAUGUUAGAUAAACCCAUCGAUGAGAUUGUUAUUGGAGAAGGUGGAAAAGUAAUUGGUGUUCGUUCUGGUACUGAGGUUGCUAAGUGCAAACAGGUGUACUGUGACCCAAGCUAUGUCCCAGACAAGGUUCGUAAGAAGGGUCAAGUGAUCCGGUGCAUUUGUCUAUUGGAUCAUCCAAUCAACAACACUAAAGAAGCCCUGUCAACUCAAAUAAUUAUUCCUCAGAAACAGGUUGGGAGAAAUUCAGAUAUCUAUGUGUCUGUGGUGUCAUAUACACACCAGGUUGCAGCUAAAGGGUGGUUUAUUGCUAUGGUGUCAACAACAGUUGAAACUAAAGACCCAGAAACAGAAAUUAAGCCUGGUUUGGACCUUCUGGGUUCAAUCAGACAAAAAUUUGUUUCUGUUACUGAUUAUUAUGAACCAAUUGAUGAUGGAAGCCAAAGCCAGAUUUUCAUAUCAGAAUCCUAUGACGCUACUACUCAUUUUGAGACGACAUGCUUAGAUGUGCUGAAAAUAUACAAAAGAGGAACUGGGGAAGACUUUGAUUUCUCGAAAGUCAAAGUGGAAUUAGGAGAGGAAGAUCAGUGAAUAUCCUAUGUUACUAUUAAAUAUGUAUAUUAUGUGCUGCUUAAUUUUAAAUUUGUUGAUAUUCUGCCCGCAAUGUAUGUUUAUUAGAGGUUUUUGGGGGUAUAUAUUUGUAAGUGCUUUAAGCAAUAGAUAAAUUUGUGCAUUAGGAUCAAUGUUCCAGUCAAUUUUAUCAUUUCUUAUAUUUGCAUAUACUUGUAAGAAUGAUCAUAAAUAUAGGAAUUUGUUCUUUAUGAUGCUUUUAUAUAUUUUAAGAUACAAAAUAUAACAUGAUCUGCGCAAGCAGUGUUCUGCAUGCAGUUUGCAUUCCAGUUUGGUUCGUCCUUACUCAAGUAAUAUGUCAAAGAAUAUGAAUGCUCACUUUACAUUAAUAUUAUUGUUGUGUAUGAUCAUUAAUAAAAUACAUUAUUAUGUAAUAAA